CACCCAAAGCCCAAACCAAUCCUAAUUCCUUUUCAAUUUUACUUCCACAGAGAUACAGCUGCCAUCCAUCUCUGAUUCCCUUCCCACUUCCCAGUCGACGCCUCUCUCCCCAACUUCACUGCCGAGUGCCGAGACUGCCGGCAGCCAGUCGGAGACAACCCUUCCCUCUCUCCUGUCGGCGUCGGCGACAUCUCCUUUUCUCUCCUCAGUCGAGGACAACUCUUCCCUCUCCCCAGUCAGCGACAUCCCCUUUUCUCUCCCCAGUCGGCGACAUCUCUUUUCCUCUCCCCAAUCGGCGACAACUCCUUUCCCUCUCUCCAGUCGGCGACAAAUCCUUUCCCUAUCUCCCCAGUCGGCGACAAAUCCUUUCCUUCUCUCCCCAGUCGGCGUUUCUUUCUUUCGUUGAAUGGUUAUUCUAGUAAUCAAGAUUUGACUGUAACUCUCUUCAGACUUCAGUCCCAUCUUCUGUCUCUAUCACCUCACUAGAAGCACCAGAAUCAUCAAAUUUUGUAUCUGAUGCCUUAUUCAUAGAUGGAGGCAUCCCUUCCAUGGAUGGAUCAAUGAUUUCAUCUGUUUUACCAAUAACCAAGACUGGGCACCAAUUAUAUUGUUUAAUAGCACAACCUUACAAGAAUAGAAGAAACUAGUGCCAUGCACCAUCAAGGAUAUUUAAAAUGUCAACGUUUAAUAGUUAUCCGAAGCUGUAGUGAAUUGUAAAGCUACUACUGUUUCUCAACCUUCUUCAGCCACUCAACCCGCCAGUAGUUCACCCAUUCGUUCGGGUUCAGGUAUCAUGCGGGUAUCCUUAAAUGGAUUUGGAGCAGGUAUAGGUAGUAAAAAUUAAAAUACUAAACAGAUUUGGGAAUUUUACAUAUAAUCGGGUUCAGAUUUGGGUACCCUCAAUUUCGCGGGUACUCUAUCCGUUUACAUCCCUAGGUAUGGCUUUGUGAAGUAAUGGUUUUAUUUGGGAGCAAAAUUUUUUAACAAGGGAAAGUUCAAACCUUCGCAGCUCUUUCUUUUUCAACCCAUCAAAUCUGUGUUUGGAGAUGUUUUAAUAACUUUACAUCUCCUUACACUCCAUCCAAUCACAGUGCAUUACAAAAUUGGGUUUUACCUGAAAAAUUAAUACAGUUUGAUUAUGUGCCAAGUCACACAUUUUUAACAUGUUUAUCAUUUUCUUUUUGUUAUUCCCUUGGUUCAAUUUGAGGGCCGAUUUGGCCUUGGGCUACAUAAUAACAAAUGUAGUUCAUUCCAUCCCAGUGGGACUUGAGCAUGGGAUUUCACAUGAGGCCUUCUUUCUGAUUACUUCUUAAGAUUACGGAGAAUAAAUGCUCAUCCUUUUUCUUGGUUUCCUUUGUCACAAACAGAGGUUUAGUUUCAGGUCGAAUAAAUUCCUGCAAUUAACUUUGUACUAUUGAUGAUUGUUUUGUCUUAGGCUGUUUCUGGGCACUUCAUCAAUUUGUUUCUUGAGUUGGAAUGGGUUUUGCUGAUACACUGCAAAUAGAGUCAACAAGUGUGGUAUCACUAAGCAACUGCAGUCAUUCUGAGGGAAAAUCGGGAAGACUGUUAAUGGAAAAUGGUCAUUCUGAUUCUCGUGCUGGUUUAUCUAAGUAUAAGCGGCGCAGAGUUUCAGCCGUUAGGGACUUUCCCCCUGGGUGUGGACGGUUUGACCUGCGAAUUUCUCCGAGACCGAAUACAGAAGCCAUUUGUAUUGGUCUAGCUGAGAAUUCAGUAGACCAGGGGAGGAGUGGUGAUGCAUCUGGGGAUGGAACUAGGCUUGAGUCCCAAUCUCCCAUAGUACUGGAAAAUUUGGAUCUUCCUGUGAUGCCUAGGCAAACAAAUCACGAAGAAUCCAAGCCAGAAGCACCUGUAGUAUCAUCUGAUCCAAGGGGUGGGCUUAAUUCAGUAAAUAUAAAACCUGAUAAGAUGCCAUCACCAGGGGCUCCGGACACCUUGAAUGAUGCAGGAAAUAUUGAAACACUAAAAUCUUUAGAACAUGCAAAGGUUGAUGUGCAAAAGGAUAUGCUUAAAGUAGAUGUUUCUGGUCCAGUGGAAUCUCUGGUCCCACCAAAUUAUCCUCCUCGGAGGAGAAUUUCAGCUGUCAGAGACUUCCCUCCAUUUUGUGGAAGAAAUUCUCCACGACUUAUCAAAGAGAGUGGAAAUAUUAUAUUUGCUUCUAUUGAGAAAAAGAAUAUUGGUAAAGAGAAGUCUUGUGUUGAAGAAGAGCUCACUAAUUGUGCAGUGAAGACAGAUGUGAAGAAAGUGGGAGAAAAUGUUCAAAAUGGAGGUGCCGAAAAGCACAGAUUGGCCAGGGAUGUUUCUAGUUUUGGAUCGGAUAGUACUCAAGUCAAAUCUGAAGGACCUACUGCUAUAGAUAUGACAAAUCAAGACGAGUAUGGAGCUUCUUGUGAGAUGAAGAAGAUCCAGAAGGAUUCACUAGAGGAAAGCAUCAAAUCUCCUAGAGGAAACAUUCAAAAUCAGUGUGACUUGAAAUCUGAGGCAGUCCCUGAAACAGGAAAGAGGAGUAUUCAAGGUCUCGAGGAUAACUUAGAGAUGGAUUUUGGUUUUAAGAUGGAGAAGAAAAUCUCUGGGAGAGAGCUUUUAAGCUUGUCUGGCUGUACAAAUACAAGGUUAAAGGAGGAUAUUGAGGGUUUAGAGUUUCCGUUGCAGAGGGUUGUUGUACAGGGUCUUAUGGCUUCAGGGAAUGAUCCUUGGAGACAGGGAAAAAUGGCCCAUAAACCUAAAAACUUUGUAGGUGAUACAAAUGAAGGCAAAGGGAAGAAAAAUGAUUGCACAGUGCUACAAAUAUCUGGAUCUGCUGUCAGGACAAAGGACAGUGUUGAUAAUUUUGGAGUGGAACAUAUGAAGAAGAAUAAGAUUUCAUCUCCUAGUGGCAAGGCUUAUCAAGGUAUUGAUCAGAUGGUUGUAUGGGAAACAAAAGAUGAACCUGAUGAUUUUCAAUCAGUUGGGAGUUCUCAUAAUUUUGACGUGACACUUCCUCCUUCCUGCCCCAGCAGUUUGAGCGGUAAAGGCAAUGGUAAUGAUGUGUUUGUCACCAGAAACAAAGUUAGGGAAACAUUGCGAUUAUUCCAAGUUGUCUAUAGGAAACUUGUUAAGGAAGAUGAGUCUAAGAUGAAGAAUAUUAAGAGGCCUGAUUUAGUUGCAGCUACUGUUCUUAAAAAUAAUGGGAAAUUUGUAAACACAAACAAGAAAAUCAUUGGCUCUGUUCCAGGUGUUGAAGUUGGGGAUGAGUUUCAGUAUAGGGUGGAGCUUAAUGUCAUUGGUCUUCAUCGCCAAAUUCAAGGAGGUAUAGAUUAUGUGAAGGAGGGUAAAACUGUCCUUGCAACAAGUAUUGUGGCAUCAGGGGGCUACGAUGAUGAUAUGGAUGACUCAGAUGUUUUGAUAUAUACGGGUUCAGGAGGGAUUGCAAAGGGUGGAGAUAAGGAACCUGAAGAUCAGAAGCUUGAACGAGGUAAUCUUGCUUUGAAGAACAGUAUGGUUGCAAAGAAUCCUGUGAGGGUCAUUCGUGGUCAAACAAGAGUUUCUGAAUCGUCCAGUGCAAGGACUAGGACAUACGUCUAUGAUGGACUAUAUUUGGUGAAGAAGUGUUGGCAGGAAAUGGGGCCACAUGGCAAACUUGUCUUCAAGUUUAGGUUGGAUCGAAUACCAGGUCAACCAGAGCUUGCUUGGAAAGUGGUGAAGAAAUCCAAAAAAUUUAAAGUACGAGAGGGUCUCUGUGUAGAUGAUAUCUCAAAUGGUAAAGAGUUAAUUCCCAUUUGUGCUGUGAACACCACAGACAAUGAGAAGCCUCCAUUGUUUGAAUACAUCACUCAUGUCAUAUACCGUAAUUGGUGCUCCCCUAUUCCUCCCAGGGGCUGUGAUUGUACUAAUGGCUGCUCUGAAACUGGGAAAUGUUCUUGUGUGGCAAAAAAUGGAGGAGAGAUCCCAUACAACCAUAAUGGGGCCAUUGUUGAAGCAAAACCUUUGGUCUAUGAGUGUGGUCCUUCUUGUAAGUGUCCUCCUUCUUGCUACAAUAGAGUCAGCCAGAAUGGUAUCAAGUUCCAGCUUGAAAUAUUCAAAACUGAAUCAAGGGGAUGGGGUGUGAGAUCUUUAAAUUCAAUCCCUUCAGGAAGUUUUAUCUGUGAGUAUGCUGGAGAGAUUCUUGAAGAGAAGGAAGCUGAGCAAAGAACUGGCAAUGAUGAGUAUUUAUUUGAUAUUGGAAAUAACAGUGGUGACAGUUCUCUCUGGGACGGACUUUCAAACCUCCUGUCUGGGACGCGACCAAGUUCUUGUGAAGUUAUGGAGGAAAGCAGCUUCACCAUUGAUGCAGCAAAGUAUGGCAACGUGGGGAGAUUCAUCAAUCAUAGUUGUUCCCCUAAUCUCUAUGCGCAAAAUGUUCUCUAUGAUCACGAGGACAAGAGAUUUCCUCACAUAAUGCUGUUUGCUGCUGAGAAUAUUCCUCCCUUGCAAGAGCUAACAUAUCAUUACAAUUACACAAUAGAUCAGGUUCUUGAUUCUGAUGGCAAUAUAAAGAAGAAGAGUUGUUACUGUGGUUCUUCAGAAUGCACUGGGAGGAUGUAUUGAGGCUGUCUAGCAAAAAGAGUUGGAUUGGAAGCAGCUGUGUUUUACUCUGAAGGAUUCUCAUGUUUGCAGACCAACAAACCGCAACUCCAUUUAGUUGUCAUGUGUUGUGGCCAAUUAAAUUAGUGGUUCAGAAGAUCAUUUGCUGGUAGGUACUAAUGUAGCCUUUAGUCUCUCUGCAAAGGUCAAGUGUUGUUUGUUGUUAGUGGGUGUUGUAUAUACGUUGUCAUCUUUAAUAGAAAGAAGCUCCAGAGCUUUGCCUACCCA